AUGUUAACCCUUCGUUCAGUAUUCCACAAGGAAUCUAUGACAAGUUUGUCCUUGCAUGUUUAAAGAUUCCGUGUGGUGAAAAAUAUCCCUCAUUUUCAGAAGACAGCUUUCACACAGGCGUGGAAUAAUGACAGUUCUCAAACUACCAUCACAAGCUUUAAAGACAACAUUAUAAAACAGUCUGAUGAAGUGGCGGGAAUUAAGCAAGGAUAUUCUGACCCCUGGGGUCUUGCAACAACUUAGGUUACUUGAUUCCCUCGCGUUAUCUGGCAACCCCGACCAAACUGCGACAGCGCCAAUGGCAGCAAAACAUAACUGUUACAGGCGAGGAGGAUGACAGCAAUAAGAAUUUAAUAGUUUGAUUUUUGCCUGCCCUCAUCGGGGAGACCGUGUCCCUCGCUCUACAUGAAGAACGUGUAGCGCUAAAGCCCAGCACAGAGUAUGAUUACCUGGUUGCGGUGGAGGUGAGGAAGUAUGGGGUGGAAUUCUCAGGUGUCAAGACAAACGUGAUGACAGUAUGGUCAAUGGUGGAGAAGCUCAAAAUGGAAAAACGCCCAUGGAGGGAGGAGAACAUUGACUCAAGCGAGGCCCAGCAUGCUACUGACGAUUCUGAGGAUGGAAGCAGCUCAGAAAGCGAAUCAGAAGAGCAGCAUUGCCAGAGGUUUCAGGUGAACAACAGCAGGUGUAAGAAGAGGGAGCCCUUGGCUGUCACAAAACCCCACAGACAGCUCUGUCGCUCUCCCUGCCUCGACCGGCCCAGUUUUUCCCAGAGCAGCACUGUGCAAGAUUGUCGUGAGGAUGAGACCAGCGCGGGACCAGGGAUCAAGACUGCCAGUGACAGGGAGUAUCAGUCUAAGAUGGAUUUUGCUUUGAAGUUGGGCUAUUCGGGAGAGCAGGUGGAGACAGUGCUCAACAAGUUGGGAGCUGCUGCACUUACUAACGAUGUUCUUGCUGAGUUAGUAAGGCUUGGAAACAAAGUUGAGCCUGAAAUUCAGCCUGGCAGCAGUACAGCCAUCACAACAAUAUCACGGUCCCCAUGUGUUAAAGAGACUGUUAGUCCAGAGGUGUCACUGGAAGAUGACUCUGUGGAUACCUUUGAUAACCUCAGGCCCAUCGUCAUUGAUGGCUCAAAUGUGGCAAUGAGCCAUGGAAACAAAGAGGUAUUCUCUUGCCGUGGUAUCCAACUUGCUGUUGAAUGGUUCUUGGAGAAAGGACACAAAGACAUCACUGUGUUUGUCCCAGCAUGGAGAAAGGAACAGUCGCGGCCUGACGCCCUCAUCACAGAUCAAGAAAUAUUGCGCAAGCUGGAAAAAGAAAAGAUCCUGGUUUUCACUCCGUCUCGGAGGGUUCAGGGCAGGAGAGUGGUGUGCUACGAUGAUCGCUUCAUAGUGAAGCUGGCUUAUGAUUCUGAUGGAAUUAUUGUGUCAAAUGACAACUACAGGGACUUGCAAAACGAGAAGCCAGAGUGGAAGAAGUUCAUAGAGGAGCGUCUCCUAAUGUACUCAUUUGUCAAUGACAAGUUUAUGCCACCUGAUGAUCCACUGGGAAGACAUGGUCCAAGCUUAGAAAAUUUCCUCCGCAAGCGUCCUGUUGUUCCAGAGCACAAAAAACAACCUUGCCCCUAUGGAAAAAAGUGCACAUAUGGACAUAAGUGCAAGUACUAUCAUCCAGAGCGCGUCAACCAGCCACAACGGUCAGUGGCUGAUGAACUACGGGCUUUUGCCAAAUUGUCUGCAGUGAAGACAAUGAGCGAGGGGGCUUUAGCUAAAUGUGGGACUGGUCCAGUAACCGUAAAGGGGGACAGCAGCUCUGAGGCCAAACGUGUGGCACCGAAACGUCAGUCUGACCCCAGUAUUCGUUCAGUGGCCUGUGAACCUCCAGAGGCACUGUCUGUUGUAAGGAAGUCUGAGACAAAUUCAGUGCCUUCCCUUGUGUCUGCUCUCAGUGUGCCCACCAUGCAGCCUGCUAAGAGCCAUGCAGCUGGGGCUUUGAACACACGAUCAGCCAGCAGCCCAGUGCCAGGCUCUUUGCAGUUCGCACACAGUUCUCUAGAGCACAUGUCUAGUGUACAGUAUCCUCCCAUUUUAGUUACUAACAGUCAUGGCGCCUCUGUUACAUACAGUGAACAGUUCCCAAAGUAUGACUCAGUUAGCGACCAUGGAUAUUAUUCACUGCACAGUGAUUUUUCAAAUAUGAGCAUGAGCAGCAUGCAUAAUGUUGACAGUUUCUGUAGCAUGGAGCACGAGCAUGGUGUGUAUCAGAGAAAUCCCAGCCACUGUCCGGAAUCCUGCCUCAGCCAUUCAAACAGUGACUCGUUCUCCUCUUAUGGGGACCUGUACCCAAGCUCUGUGGACAGUAGCUUAGAGGAGAGCAUGAAGGUUCAACAGUCUCCCGCACAAGGUAGGAUGCAGGCUUUCUCCCAUGGCUUUCGUCAUGAAGUACUGACGAGGGUGCAGAGUUAUGGACCAGAGGAACCCAAGCAAGUCACCCGUAAGCAGUCUGGAUCUCAUCUAGCACCACAUAUCCAACAUGUUGCAGUGGGUGCCAGGUCCAGCUGCCCUGGAGACUAUCCCCUAACUCAGAAUGUCCUUCCGCCUUUGUCCUCACAGCCCACACGGUCUCUUGGUAUGACUCGUAUGGACAGCAUAUCAGAUUCAAGGCUAUAUGAUAGCAACCCAAUGAGACAGAGGCGACCUCCACUGUGUCGUGAGCAGCAUGCAAGCUGGGACCCUCUGCCUUGUGGUAAUGAGUCCUAUGGAUAUCAUUCAUAUCCAUUGAGUAACAGCCUGAUGCCGUGUUGUGAGCGGGUGAUGGUCCGCAGUAUGCCAGAGAAGAUGGAACAAAUCUGGAACUCACCAUGGGAGAUGUCUUCUGCAGGUGAACAUCAAGAGCGGUAUGUCAUCCCAGAGCACCAGUAUCAAACAUAUCGGAACCUUUGCAACAUCUUUCCUGCUUACGUAGUCCAUUCAGUAAUGGAGAAGAACCCUCAUCUAACAGAUCCACAACAACUCGCCGCUGUUAUUGUUACAAAACUGAGGUCAUGCCAUUGAGAAGUUAAUGUUAUUGAACAUUCAAAAGUGCUGUGAUAAGGGAAAAUAUAUAAAUAUAAAUAAAUAAGGGAAACAUGGAUUUUGAUUGCAAAGAUAGGCACUUGCUGAAUGUUGCUGUAUGUGCAACAUCCGCCUCAGGAGUUUUUUUCUUUUUUUUUUUUGAUGUCGAAGGGGAAAUCUGUCAAUCAGAUUUUACAUCACUAAGAUGAAGUAAGUAUUCAGCAUAGAGGAAGUUUGUCUGAUAAGUUUAUCUCAAAUUGUAAGAUGUUUCACAUGAAAGCUACAUUUUUAUAUGAAGUGUGGUGCCACUGAUAUGAAGUAACAUUUGGUCAUGAAAUUUGGUUCAUAACACAUUCUUACUGCCUGAGCAAGAGGUGCAUAGCAGCUUCGUAUCACAUCUGUGAUUAAUUUAACCUUUAUUUAACACCAUUAAGUCUAGAAAAUGUGCAUAAAAUAGUCAGUUAACAUUUGGCAGAACUGUUGACUGUCCCUGAGAUCAGUUCUUAAGAUAGUCAUAUUAAUUUAUUUGACAACAUGUUGCAUAAAAAUUAUUUGUGGAGACAUUUUGAAUUAACAUGAUUGAAUAAAAGUGACACUGGUAAUACACAGUUAUAAAAUUUAAACAGGCAUUUGAAUAAGAGUAUCUAUCACGCUCUAUCAUGAAAUAAAAGUGCUAUAUUUAAAAAAGUUAUUAUUAUAAUAAGCAUAUAAAUGAACCACAAAAAUGACUUUUAAUUUAAUUAAUCGUGAUUAUUUUGGGGUAAUCAGUAAUUAUGUUAGCCAGAUGGAUGCAUAAUUGAACCUGUCUUACAUAGUAUAAUUCUAACUAGUGUAGCUAGUAAAAUACUGAAUUAAGUGGAUCAAUAAACAGGUUAGCUGCAUGGUAACACAGUCAAACUAGGAAGUCAUAACUGCAACAUCUCCCAAAUUUCCCUUAUUGAAUCAGACAGGAGCAUAUCAACAUUGGACACCAUGUUGCUUUUAUGAGGAUCUUGUUCAGGCUCUGUGAAGGUGUUAUGAAAGGCAUCUUAAGUGUUUCUGGUGCAGUGCAACUAUAAAUAACCUUGCUUAGGUCUGCCUCUGCUGUAAAUAAUUCUUGUGACUUUUUGUGCAUUUAUUUUGAAGAUGAGUAAAAGGGAGGUAGAUACAUACCUCACAGCAUGAACUAUGACAUUUAAUGGCCUUAUAUCUGAAUGACCUCACGCUUUAGUCAUUGUCUGAUUGGUUUCAAUGAAAGUCUUAGUCAUUGAAGCCUCCUAUUUUCAAAUGUAAAGCACUCAAUCUCAGUAUCUAAAGAGAUAUAUUUUCUCAGCCUCACUUGACAAAGCUACUAUUUUGGUAGGAUUUGACAGUGCACAAAGCAAGCCAAAAAAGAGAUUUGGCUUGUAUACAUGUGCACAUAUCUAUGUACAUUUAAUCACACAAAAGCCAUUAUUUCAAAGUCAUUUAUAAGCUGCUAAAUAAUGCCAAAAAAACAGUUUAUAUAGUGUCAGUAUUCUACAUAACUUUACAUUUGGUUCACAGAAUCAAUUGAAUUAUAGGAUAAACUAACAUCUGUGUUUGGAUAAUUUACUAUGAUGUACUGUAUAGCUCCCUUUCUGAUUUUAUUGGAUGCUAUGUCCAGGAUUUUCCUAUUUAUAUAUUUGUCAAAAUUGUUGUGCUGAUUAUUUUCAAUGUGAAAAUAUUCAAAGUAUCUUUGUUUCAAACAGUAGUUCUAAUGGACUCUUUCAAGUUGUCAGCGGCACAGUUUUCAGGAGGAGGUUAAUUUUGUUUCAAAAACCUCUUUUACUUGCACGUAAGUAAUCUGAUUGAUCUGUAAGCUGAUGACUCUUUGUCCAGAAAUGAGAAUCCUAGUUUUCUGUAUCAGUUGAAGGCAUUAAGAGAGACUGGUUUUCCCAGCUAGAUUUCUGCUUGAAUUUGGCCAGUUAUAUGCUUUGUCAAGGGUUCUUUUGCAUAUUUGAGUGUAUAUGACGGUCACCUAGGAUAGCGAAGGUAUCAUCACUUUGGCAGGAAUCUAGCAAGGGUCUUGUUGCUUAAUAAAUUUCUUGGAUAGCAGAUACACUUUAAAAGUGGCAAACUUCAAAAUGGUGGAGGAUUGUGGGGACGAAUCAGGGUUCUGACAAACUGCUUGUAAAUGUUAAAGAAAUUAGACUAUUGCAGAACAUCAAACAGAGUUGUAAAACUUGUCAAACCCUUACAUCUGCCAGAUUCCGGUUUCUUGUGUGCGUGUAAACGUAGUGAAACCAAACAUAGUGAAUUAAUUUUGCUGGGCUGCGAUGUAACAAGAAUUUACUAUUAGAGAUGGAAACAGUGUUGGCCAUCAGAAUAAAUGUUUGCACAAGGAA